GUUUCUUUAUAGGCUAGGCAAACAAAGGGAACUACACUACAACCAGGAACACAGCGGUAACGCCCCAUCAUCGAUCAAGCCCAAGUUUUCGGAGUAGCCUUGGAUGUCUUGGUGGCCUUUUGCUUCUGCGCCGUGGAAGUGGAAGAGGUCUUCCCCUUCCCCUCCUCGAAAGAGAAAGACAAGCUUGGCUGAAGGCAGUGACAUAGAAAAUCCGGACACCAUCGUGGUGGAUGUUGGCGACUCUGAUGAUUCAGCAGAACCUGAGGAGGAGCCUGGAGUCGUAGCCCAAAGCAUCGUGCCCCCGCACCUGCGCUGGAUUAUUGAUGAGCAUGACUUUGCCGACGAAAAGAAAACCAGCAUCAACGACAUUCUGGGUGAUGAUGUUGUUUUUCGCCAACAUCCUCGUGGAGACCGCAUUCAGACACGCCUCAAUCAACGCCGAGCGUAUCAUGUUGGCACAAUGCUCAAGCAUUUUUAUCGUUUGAGUGACCAGGUUGGAGCGAGGGAACGCGAAUCAACACAUCACUCACUGGAGCCAGCUUCUUACGAAGGAUUUCUUUCAUCUGAGAUCUCAGCCACCAGGGUGAGAAUUGAUACUGCUCAAUUCAUCCUCAAACGUGCCCGGUUGUAUCGCGAGGAACUGAAGCGUGCUCGUCAGCAAUUGAAACAGGAGGAAGUUUAGCCGUAGGAAGAGGAAGAGGAAGUGAGAAGAGCGAGUCACAGGAGAACACCACGUUUAUCAUCAGAAAAAGAACGAGAAAUCCUCACUAU